AAACAAUAACAUGCCCAACUCGCUUGAAAAAUAUCUUGAAUGUCUGUGACCCGGGAAGCGGGUCUUUUAAAUACCUUCAAUAAGCAGCGGCAGCAAUGAAACUGGUUCGGAAAAACGUGGACAAAGCCGGAGAAGGGAGCGUUACCUUGGUUCCGGAACAACCCGAAGAUAUUUGGCACGCCUACAAUUUGAUCGCCGAGGGUGAUCAGGUGCGUGGAAGCACCAUCCGAAAGGUUCAAAAUGAAUCCUCGACGGGUUCCUCAAGCAGUAGCCGAGUCCGGACCACGCUUACCAUUAGUGUUGAGGCAAUCGAUUUCGACACACAGGCCCAGAUGCUACGUGUCAAGGGUCGCAACAUCGAGGAAAACCAAUUUGUUAAGAUGGGUGCCUAUCACACGAUUGAUCUUGAAAUGAACCGCGCGUUUACACUUAUGAAACCCGAAUGGGAUUCGAUCGCUCUAGAACGAAUCGAUAUGGCUUGCGACGUGACGCAAAAUGCCGAUGUCGCCGCCGUAAUCAUGCAGGAUGGUCUAGCCCAUGUUUGCCUCAUCACGGCCAGUAUGACGCUUGUGCGCAGCAAGAUCGAUAUGACCAUCCCACGAAAGCGGAAGGGAUUUGUACAGCAACAUGAAAAAGGACUGACUAAAUUCUACGAAGCAGUCAUGCAGGGCAUCCUGCGGCACGUAAAUUUUGAUGUGGUCAAAUGCAUCCUCGUUGCCUCCCCCGGUUUCGUGAAGGAUCAGUUCUACGAAUACAUGUUCCAACAAGCAGUUAAAACGGAUAACAAGGUCCUGAUAGAAAAUAAAAGCAAAUUUAUGCUCGUCCAUUCAUCUUCAGGCUUCAAACAUUCGCUUAAAGAGGUUCUACAAGAUCCGGCUGUGAUAGUGAAGAUGUCCGAUACGAAGGCUGCUGGCGAAGUGAAAGCACUUGAAAGUUUUUACACCAUGCUUCAGCUGGAACCGUCGAAAGCAUUCUACGGAAGGAAGCACAUCCUCAAGGCGGCCGAUGCUCAAGCAAUAGAAACUCUGCUGAUUUCGGAUAAUCUUUUCAGAUGCCAGGAUGUGGCCACACGUAAGGAGUAUGUUCAGCUCGUUGAUUCGGUUCGUGAUUCCGGCGGUGAAGUUAAAAUAUUCUCCAGUAUGCACGUCUCUGGGGAGCAACUCGCACAGCUUACCGGCCUUGCAGCAAUUCUUCGCUUUCCAAUGCCCGAACUCGAGGAUAGUGAUGAGGACGAGGAAGAUGGUAGUGAUCACUCGGAGUAAACAGUAACCCAUCUGAAUGGCGGUUGAAGUGGACGAUCUAAUCAUUUCCUUUAAAAACCGUCUCGCUAUUAAGUAGGGGAACCUUUAUAACCUCAGGAACGGGAGUGAGGAGUAGGGUUAACGUAAAUUGGAUCGUUUUACAUAAAAGAACAAAGAAAAAUAAGAUAUCGACCAACCCGGAAAAGGCAAAACAUACCAUACGUUUUAAAGCAAAGUAAAUUCGAGACAUUUUAUGCGCACAGAACUGCUAUAAUUUAUCUUUUCCAUUCUCUCCUUCUUUUACUUCCGUGUUUGUGUAAAUAAAGCUAUAGUUUCAUGCUCUACGACCGAUCGCGAGAACAAGA